AUGUUGGUCGGUAGUCCCCGAACCGCGCAGCUCUGCCUACGGGCUGCAGCGUCGGCAAGGCUCGUCUAUCCGAGGCUUGUCCAAGUCCCUCAUCCCGCGAUACGACUCUACCGUACCGAUACACCAUCGCGAUUCCUCCCCCGACUUAAUUCCAGAUCCUUCACUAUUUCACAACGACGUCUUGCCGAACCUCCAAAGAGUCAAGACCCUAUUACCAUCGCCGCAGCCACCGCUACGACCCCAAUCCUGCCCGAACACCCCGCGCUCUCCACCCCUAAACCUCUCCGCCGCCGCCGCCGCCGAGGUAUCUACUACUCCGCCAUUUUCCUACUUAUCGGCCUAUCCCUCGGCACCCUAAUCCGCCUGUCCCUAGCUCCUCCCGCGCCCUUCCCCCACGGCUCUCCUCAGGACCAAUACCACGUCUCCAAGAUCCGGGACGAAGGCUCCGCGCUCCCGCUCGUGCGCGCAUUAUCCUCCGACCCGACCUGGAAAUCCUGGGAUGCGUACUCGGGCGCGCAAUCCACGAACAUGGUACAAUCGCGCCUGACUUCCGGACCUCUAGGCGGUUCCCAUGGCAUACCUUUCCAGCGCGUGUUCCGAAAUACGAAGACUAACGAGGUCAUCAGCGUGGUGUACCUCGGCACUGCGACGGCGGGUUGGCCGGGGGUCGUGCAUGGUGGGGCGCUAGCGACAUUGCUGGAUGAGAGCUUAGUUCGGUGCGCAGUACUGCUGUUUCCUGCGCGCACGGGGGUUACUGCCCGUCUCGAGCUCCAAUACCGUGCGCCUACAUUGACUUCCAGUUUCUAUAUUAUUCGCACACGACCAAUGAUCCGUGAGGGAGAGGACCCGUCUAAGAGCGAUCGUAAGAUGUGGGUCGAAGGUACACUGGAGACACUUCAUGGGAAGAUCUGCGUUGAAGCCAAGGCUCUGGCUGUUGUGCCCAAGGGCGUCAAGCUAAACCCGCUUGUUGAAGAAUUCUAG